AUGGUCUUGCUUGAGGCGCAAGCUAACGUUAAUAUCUGUGAUGAGUGGGGCCAGACUCCAUUGCAUAAGGCAGCGGCAAACAAAAGUGGAAAUCUUGCAAUCGUCCAGCAGCUGAUCAAGCAUGGAGCCGCAAUUGACCUGUGUGACGAUGGAGGAGAUACAGUUCUACAUCAUGCACUUACUGGAGGCAGUAUUCUUUGUAUAAAACUGCUGGUCGAGGCGCAAACGGAUGUAAACGCUGCUAACAUUCAAGGAAUGACUCCAUUACACCGUGCGGCGGCAAGAGAUGACGCCACGAUUCUCAAAUGUCUUCUUGAUCUCGGCGCAUCUGUCGAACAAACUACCAAGACCGGAUUCACAGUGCUGAUGUCGGCUUGCUUGCUAGGGUCUCAUUUUCAGGAAAAAUUGGAAAUCCUCCUCGCAGCCGGAGCGGAUCUGCACGCGCUAGACUGUUACAACCACUCUGUACUGGUUUGGGCUAUGUAUCUUGAACCGAGGCCGGAUCUCCUGCGGUUCUUACUUGAGCAGGGCGCGGAUCCUAAAUUGGGUGUAUCCCCCUUAUCAUAUGCUGUGUCACAGCUUGCCGAAGAUAAGACUGAGAAUUUUGAAGGAAUCAACAAACAGGCUAAAGAAGAAUGGCUGGUUCGGAAGCGAAAUUGGGAGGCGUGUAUUCAGAUACUCAAAGAGUCUGGCGCAGAAUGA